UCUCGAGUUCUAGUACUCAAAGCGUGUUUUUGAGUUGUAUAAUUCGAAUUGGGUGAAAAUUAAAAAGCAUGAUAAGAUCAACAACAAUGACAAUAACAUAAACAUAAAUCAAACACAAAUAAGAUUAUGGAUGAGUUAACUAAUUACUUCAUCUUCAUCGUCUUUAAAUAUGUAGUUGCAAUUUUAUUAAAUGUUCUUGACGAAUUAAGUUUGAAUAGCUAUCUUAAACAUAUCUCAUUUUGAUGGAUCCUAACUAAAUCUGCCCGUCUUGUGCGAUUGAUGACAUUUUUCUUUUUUACGUAAGAAAAUUUAUGUCAUUUCAUUCAUAACAAUAGUAGUAAUACUGCGAGAACUAGCAUGAGAUAAAGCAUGGGAUUACAUUAUUUAUAAAGUAUUAUGUACUAACUUCUUAGAGAUCAGGGCAGAAACACCUAGUUUGAGUUCUAGAAUCUAAAAUUAUGAAGAGCAGAUAACAAGUUUUUUUUUUGAGACAAGCAGAUAACACGUUUUGAUCUCUAAAAAAAUUAUUUUACAUUGAAUCAUUCUAUCUUUCUAAAUUUUUAUGAAAGAGAUUUUUAUAAUAUUAUAAAUUAGAUUAAAAAAAAUUGUUAAAAAAAUAUGAAAAGUAUACCCGUUAAUUUAGUAAAGAACCAAAAAUCAUGUCAGACACCAAACUUGUGAGAUAUUUUGAAAAGCCAAAAUUUUAUUUAACCCAUUUUGUUUAAUCAUGUCACUUUACAUAUACAUCGUCAACAAAAAAUAAAAAAACUUUACAAAUACAUACUUCUGUAAAAAAAAAAAAAAAAACUUCACAAAUAAAAUAAGGAGAAAACUUAGAUCAAAUACCAUACAUCCUUUUGAUCCUGUCGGCUACUUAAAAUUUGACACAUGAACAAUUUUUCUCCCUAAAAUGAUAGGGGAAAGAAAAUGAAAAAUAAAAAAUAAAUGAAUGAACGACCGCAAGCGUGUGCCUAGUUAUUAGGCAUAAUAUCUAUCAUGAUAAUGAUGCAUCGAUAGAUUUGAUUCAAUAAGCAAAUGUAGAUGGUGUUUGUUUGUAUUGUUUCUAUAUUUGGAUAAUGAAAUACAAAAGAAAAGAGAGUAUUAAUAUUAAUUAGUUAACUAACAUUCUUCCAGCAAUUAAUAAUAGCAUUGGCCAAUAAUAGGCAAUGCUUUGAGAAAAAUGGGAGGGAGAUUGUGUUGCGUUGUUUGUGAUGAUGAUUCCGAUUAAUUAUUACAUUUGGAUUUGAAAUUGCAAUUGCAAUUUGCAUGCAUGAUGAGAGCGAGGAUUAGGGAGGGAUUCAUUCAUUGAUUGAUUCAUUGAUUGAUUGAGGAAGAAGAAGAAGCAAUAUUAGCAUUAUAACAAACAACAACAUGACAACGACGGAUACAACAUCACGCGGUUCAACUUCGUCCUCCAAUGGACUCCUCACCGUCACCAUUGCCAGCAGCACUCACCCUCACGGCCUCUCUGCUAACGAGGAUGACGACGACCUCCUCGUUGAUCCCGACGAUCCUUUCAACAUUACUCAAACCAAGAAUGCUCCUCCCCAAACCCUCAAGCGUUGGCGACAAGCAGCAUUUGUGCUCAAUGCGUCCAGGCGUUUUAGAUAUACUCUCGACUUGAAAAAGGAAGAGGAGAAAGAGCAAAAGAAAAGCAUGAUCAGAGCUCAUGCACUAGUCAUCAGAGCAGCUUUGCUUUUCAGAUUGGCCGGUGAACGCGAACUAGUAACAAGAAGUACAUCAGUGGCACCCACAACUGCAGGUGGUGACUAUGCAGUUGGACUCGAACAACUUGUUUCAAUGUCCAAGAAUCAAAAUAUUUCUGCUUUACAACAAUAUGGAGGGGUUAAAGGCUUAUCAGAUUCUCUAAAAUCAGAUCUGGAUAAAGGGAUUAGUGGAGAUGACGUUGAUCUAUCAAGGAGGAAAAAUGCAUUUGGAACUAAUACAUAUCCUCGGAAAAAGGGUAGAAGUUUAUGGAGGUUUCUAUGGGAAGCUUGGCAAGAUCUGACCCUUAUAAUAUUGAUUAUAGCAGCAGCAGUAUCAUUAGUGCUUGGAAUAAAAACAGAGGGUUUGGAAGAAGGAUGGUAUGAUGGAGGAAGCAUUGCUUUUGCAGUUUUACUUGUCAUUGUAGUUACAGCUGUCAGUGAUUAUCGGCAAUCUCUUCAGUUUCAGAACUUGAACGCAGAAAAACAAAAUAUACAACUGGAGGCCAUAAGAGGUGGUAGAACAAUAAAAAUAUCGAUAUUUGAAAUUGUUGUUGGUGAUGUACUGCCCCUUAAAAUAGGAGAUCAGGUUCCGGCUGACGGAGUUUUAAUUACUGGUCACUCACUUGCCAUUGAUGAAUCCAGUAUGACUGGUGAAAGCAAGAUUGUUCACAAGGAUCAAAAAGCACCAUUUUUAAUGUCAGGUUGCAAAGUAGCAGAUGGAGUUGGUUCUAUGCUGGUAACUAGUGUUGGUAUAAAUACUGAGUGGGGAUUGUUGAUGGCAACUAUCUCAGAGGAUACUGGAGAAGAGACUCCAUUACAGGUACGAUUGAAUGGAGUAGCAACUUUUAUUGGUAUCGUUGGGCUUACUGUAGCUGCAGCUGUUCUUGUAGUCCUCUUGGGAAGAUACUUUUCUGGCAAUACGAAAGAUUUAGAUGGAAAAGUUCAAUUUGUUGCUGGAGAGACUAGCAUCAGCGAUGCUGUAGAUGCGAGCAUCAAAAUUUUUACCAUUGCAGUAACAAUUGUGGUUGUUGCAGUGCCAGAAGGUCUACCUUUAGCAGUUACCUUAACCCUGGCAUACUCGAUGCGGAAGAUGAUGGCAGACAAAGCCUUGGUACGAAGGUUGUCAGCUUGCGAAACCAUGGGAUCUGCUACGACAAUUUGCAGCGAUAAAACUGGAACUUUGACCUUAAACCAGAUGACUGUAGUUGAGGCAUAUGUUGGGAGGAAGAAAUUAAAUCCACCAGAUGACUCGUCAAAAUUGCAUUCAGAAGUUUUAUCUCUGAUAAAUGAAGGCAUAGCGCAAAAUACAACAGGCAAUAUUUUUGUCCCUAAGGAUGGUGGAGAGACAGAGGUUUCAGGAUCUCCUACAGAGAAGGCAAUUCUAUCAUGGGCUCUGAAGUUGGGAAUGAAUUUUGAACUUAUCAGAUCAAGUACAAAGAUUAUCCAUGUCUUCCCCUUUAAUUCUGAGAAAAAGCGAGGUGGUGUUGCUGUGAAACUGGCGGACUCUGGAGUGCAUAUACAUUGGAAAGGAGCUGCUGAGAUAGUUCUAGGAACAUGUACCCAAUAUCUUGAUUCAGAUGGUCACCGGCAAUCUAUUGAAGAAGAGAAGGCAUUCUUCAAGAAGGCAAUUGAUGACAUGGCUGCUCAGAGCUUGCGUUGUGUUGCUAUUGCAUACAGAUCAUAUGAAUCGGACAAAAUUCCAUCUAAGGAGGAGGAUUUAGACCAGUGGACCUUACCCGAACACGAGCUUGUUUUGGUUGCUAUUGUUGGAAUAAAGGAUCCUUGCCGCCCUGGAGUCAAAGAAGCUGUGAGAUUAUGUACUGAGGCUGGUGUUAAGGUACGCAUGGUUACUGGGGACAAUCCUCAAACAGCAAAAGCAAUAGCUUUGGAGUGUGGAAUACUGGUUUCAACUGAAGAUGCAGUCGAGCCAAAUGUAAUUGAAGGAAAGACAUUCCGUCAAUUCUCUGAAAAGGAAAGGGAAGAAGUUGCUAAGAAAAUAACUGUGAUGGGAAGAUCAUCUCCAAAUGACAAGCUUUUGCUUGUGCAAGCACUACGUAAAGGAGGUGAAGUUGUUGCUGUCACAGGAGAUGGAACUAAUGAUGCCCCUGCUCUUCAUGAGGCAGAUAUUGGUCUUUCUAUGGGUAUCCAAGGAACUGAAGUUGCAAAAGAAAGCUCAGAUAUUAUAAUCUUGGAUGAUAACUUUGCAUCAGUAGUAAAGGUUGUUCGCUGGGGUCGUUCUGUUUAUGCAAAUAUUCAGAAAUUUAUUCAGUUCCAACUCACUGUAAAUGUUGCUGCUCUUGUUAUAAAUGUUGUGGCAGCGGUAUCUGCCGGUGAGGUUCCUUUAAAUGCAGUACAGCUUCUGUGGGUUAACCUUAUUAUGGACACACUUGGGGCACUUGCUCUGGCUACCGAGCCACCGACUGACAGCCUUAUGCACAGAUCACCAGUUGGCCGAAGGGAACCUCUUAUAACGAAUAUCAUGUGGAGGAACUUGUUCGUACAGGCUCUUUAUCAAGUGAUUGUUCUUCUGGUUCUUAACUUUGGUGGUGAAAGUAUUCUACGUCAAGAUUCUAGGACUCAUACCUUACAAGUGAAGAAUACUUUAAUUUUCAACGCAUUCGUCCUGUGCCAAAUAUUCAAUGAAUUCAAUGCUCGAAAGCCGGAAGGAAUGAAUGUCUUCAAGGGAGUGACUAAGAACCGUCUCUUCAUGGGAAUUGUUGGAAUGACCUUUAUACUUCAGAUAAUCAUCAUCGAGUUCCUUGGGAAGUUCACAACGACAGUGAGGCUUAAUUCGAUGCAGUGGCUUGCUUGUCUUUGUAUUGGGCUGUUCAGCUGGCCACUUGCAAUACUUGGAAAAUUAAUUCCAGUUCCCAAAACACCAUUGUCACGAUGCGUCUUGAAGGUGUUUAGGCGCUUGAAGAAAUCUAGGACUGCAUAAUGGGUUGCCAAACUUAUAACCAGCAAUUCAUAGUAAACUAACGACUGACAGACGUGUAACCGUACAUAUCCCUGAGCUGAGCCGGGUCUUCUUUCUAGAAUUUGUAACAUACUGUAUAUUCAACAUAUAUAGCAAUUAUAUCAUUUUUAGAUUGUAAGAUACUGUAUAUUCAACAUGUAGCAAUCAUAUCAUUUUUAGACUGUAAUAUACUGUAUAUUCAGCAUAUAUGGCAAUUGUGUUUAGACAAGUUACAAAUAUAUGUCAAAGUGGACAAUACCAAUACUAAGCACAAUGCUGCUAAUGGAUCCUAAUACUAAGCACAAUGCUGAUAAUAUUUUUUGACAAAAUAGAAGUACAAUUUAUUAAA